AUGGUGAAGGAGACAGAGUAUUAUGAACUACUUGAGAUAGUCACGGAUGCGUCUGAGCAUGAGAUCAAGCGCGCCUACCGCCGCCUUGCGUUAAGGUACCAUCCUGACAAGAACCCUGGCGACGACGAGGCGGCGGAGAAGUUUAAACGUAUCAGUCAUGCCUACGAGGUGCUCAGCGAUGCGGAUAAGCGACGAUUGUAUGAUCAGCAUGGAAAGGCGGGUCUUGAGCAUGGUGGUGGUGAUGAUGGUAUGGAUGCGGCUGAUAUCUUCUCUGCCUUCUUUGGUGGCCGCCGGGCACCACGUGGAGAACGUAAACCGCGAGAUCUUGUGCAUGAAUUAACCAUUACGCUUGAGGAUGCGUAUGCCGGCCGCCGUCGACGUGUUGCGGUGACGCGUGAUCGUUUGUGUGGAGACUGUGGCGGUGAGGGCCUGCGGCCUGGAGCGGUGCGGCAGAAGUGUGGGGCCUGCGGUGGCCAUGGGGUGCGUGUGCAUGUGCAGCAGUUGUUCCCUGGCAUGCAGCAGCGCAUGCAGGUGGCGUGCACGGCCUGCGGUGGGGCCGGCACGGCGGUGCGGGAUGCGGAUAUCUGCAGUGGUUGCCGUGGGAACCGCGUGGUGAAGGAUCAGAAGGUGUUGGAUGUGUGUGUGGAGAAGGGCAUGGAUGACAGCGAUGUGCUGCGCUUUGAUGGGGAGGGUGAUGAGAUCCCUGGGGUGCGGUUGAAGGGAGAUGUCCUCAUUAUUCUUCGAUUGAAAUCACAUGAUGUAUUCCGUCGGGCUGGUAAACAUCUAUUGAUGAAUCACACCAUCACACUGCGGGAGGCUCUCUGCGGGUUUGAACUUCCCGUGCAGCAGUUGGAUAAACGCAUGCUUCUCAUUAAAGUCCCAUGUGGACAAGUGAUUGACCCCGAGGCGGCGUGGGUGGUGCACCGCGAGGGAAUGCCUGUUCCCAACACGGGUGGAACGGAGCGUGGAAAUCUCAUUGUGCACUUUGAGGUGGAGUACCCAACGCAGUUGAGUUCCCGGCAGCUGGAGCAGAUUGCGACUGCCUUUGAGAUGCUCGACCCACUCCCGCGAUUGAAUGGACAGAAGGUGUUGCUGCAGGAUGAGAGCCGGCGGCAGAAGCGGAAGGGGGCCGCACGGCGGGCAGCGGCGAAGUCCGGCGCCGGUGGAAGUGGAGGUUCACGCCAGCGACGUGGACAGAUGCCGUUCGGUAUGGACGAUGGUGUGUUUAUGCAGUUUGAUGGAGAUAACAGUGGGGGACAAACAGCACAGUGCGUACAGCAGUAA